CUCUUCAGGCGACUGUACAGGGUGUCGGGAUGAUAUUCCAACACCAGCGACAGUCCAGUCAGAUCAGGAUAUAUCUCGACAAUCUCCAGGAUCUAUGAUGAAUUAGAUGCAGGAUGAAUGAGGCCUUAAUUUGUAAGGUUUACUUACAAAUUCCGACUUGCACAGUUGCAGUGUCUUAAUCUCUCGCAGUGUGUUGAGGGAAAUGUUGCCGAAUUUGUUCUUCAGAGCCACCUUCUUGAUGGCCACCUCCUUGUUGCGCUGUAAAUCGAUGGCCUUAAACACGCAGCCAUGGACACCUUCGCCAAUUUUCUCGAGCAUUUUGUAGCGACUCGGCGCAUAGUCCUCCAUUGUCAGUGUCUGUACUGACAAUUUUCAAUUUGAUAAUUGAGUGCCUCGUUUUCCUGUUACCAUUCGUGUAGUCCAUGGUAACGGUCACAACAAAUGGUGAAUGGUGAACAGCUGCGCUGCUGGCGGAUCCACCUGUUGCCGGAUUGUUUACCACGAUACCUUGGCUUCGGGGGCUUGGGGGUUGAAAUGUGCCCCGGGGCCCUAGGCCAAGGCAGAGCUGUCAUAGCCCGUGUCGGGACAUGCGCACUUCCGCCUCCACUUUGGUCCUGUCAGCCAAGUGUCAAGUUAGGGGGAUACAUAAUUUUUCGGACCCUCGCAACUCGCAUAAGCAGAAAAGUUUAAUUAGAAAUAAAAUAGGAAUAUGCCUGCAGCCGUGAUAGAUUUGUGAACCAAAGGAUAACCAACGCACGGCUAGCCAGAAACGUUUUACAGCCCACGCGCUCAACAUGUUACCGACCAGCUGGCUCCCAUUCGUGGCCGUGCUCCUGCUUUGUCUUGGCGGGACUUGGAGCAGAACUGCCAAGCGAUCGGAUGUGUAUAUCGCGGGAUUCUUCCCCUACGGCGAUGGCGUAGAGAACUCGUACACUGGACGCGGCGUCAUGCCCAGCGUAAAGCUGGCGCUGGGCCAUGUCAAUGAGCAUGGCAAGAUCUUGGCCAACUACAGGCUGCACAUGUGGUGGAAUGACACGCAGUGCAAUGCGGCGGUCGGUGUGAAAUCGUUCUUCGACAUGAUGCACUCUGGGCCGAACAAGGUGAUGCUCUUCGGUGCCGCCUGCACACAUGUGACCGAUCCCAUAGCCAAGGCCAGCAAGCACUGGCACCUGACGCAGCUGAGCUACGCGGACACCCAUCCCAUGUUCACCAAGGACGCCUUCCCAAACUUCUUCCGGGUGGUGCCCUCGGAGAAUGCCUUCAAUGCGCCUCGCCUGGCGCUCCUCAAGGAGUUCAACUGGACGCGGGUGGGCACUGUGUACCAGAACGAGCCGCGCUACUCACUGCCCCACAAUCACAUGGUGGCCGAUCUGGACACCAUGGAGGUGGAGGUUGUGGAGACUCAGAGCUUUGUCAACGAUGUGGCCGAGUCGCUGAAAAAGCUACGCGAGAAGGAUGUGCGCAUCAUUCUGGGCAACUUCAAUGAGCACUUUGCCCGCAAGGCCUUCUGCGAGGCCUACAAGUUGGAGAUGUAUGGGCGUGCCUACCAGUGGCUGAUAAUGGCAACUUACUCAACCGAUUGGUGGAACGUUACCCAGGACAGCGAAUGCAGCGUCGAGGAGAUCGCCACUGCCUUGGAGGGAGCGAUUCUGGUGGAUCUUUUGCCGUUGUCCACCAGCGGUGACAUCACUGUGGCAGGAAUUACAGCGGAUGAGUACUUGGUGGAGUACGACAGACUGCGCGGCACGGAAUACUCUCGCUUCCAUGGCUACACCUAUGAUGGCAUCUGGGCUGCAGCUCUGGCCAUCCAGUAUGUGGCAGAGAAGCGCGAGGACAUACUGACACAUUUCGAUUAUCGGGUCCAGGACUGGGAGGACGUCUUCCUAGAGGCCUUGCGCAAUACCUCCUUCGAGGGUGUUACGGGUCCUGUGCGAUUCUACAACAAUGAGCGCAAGGCCAACAUUCUGAUCAAUCAAUUCCAAUUGGGUCAAAUGGAGAAGAUCGGGGAAUAUCAUUCGCAAAAGUCGCAUCUGGACAUGAGUCUGGGCAAGCCAGUGCGCUGGGUGGGCAAGACACCGCCAAAGGAUCGCACGCUGAUCUACAUUGAGCACAGCCAGGUGAAUCCCACCAUAUACAUUGUAUCGGCCAGUGCCUCCGUCAUCGGUGUGAUCAUUGCAACCGUCUUCCUGGCCUUUAACAUCAAGUACCGCAACCAGCGCUACAUCAAAAUGUCCAGUCCGCACCUGAAUAACCUGAUCAUAGUGGGCUGCAUGCUGACCUAUCUGAGCAUAAUUUUCCUGGGCCUCGACACCACCCUCAGCAGUGUGGCUGCCUUUCCCUACAUAUGCACGGCCCGCGCAUGGAUCUUGAUGGCUGGCUUCAGCUUGAGCUUCGGGGCAAUGUUCUCCAAGACCUGGCGUGUUCAUUCAAUCUUCACCGACCUGAAGCUGAACAAAAAAGUGAUCAAGGACUAUCAGCUAUUUAUGGUCGUGGGUGUGCUGUUGUUCAUCGAUAUAGCCAUUAUCACAACCUGGCAGAUUGCGGAUCCAUUCUACAGAGAGACCAAACAAUUGGAACCUUUGCAUCACGAGAAUAUUGAUGAUGUUUUGGUCAUACCCGAAAACGAAUAUUGCCAGUCGGAGCACAUGACCAUAUUUGUUAGCAUUAUCUAUGCCUAUAAGGGCCUUCUUCUGGUCUUUGGAGCGUUCCUGGCUUGGGAAACGCGACACGUUUCAAUACCGGCUCUCAACGAUUCCAAGCACAUUGGCUUCUCGGUCUAUAAUGUGUUCAUCACCUGCCUGGCUGGUGCUGCCAUAUCCCUGGUGCUAUCGGACCGCAAGGAUCUAGUUUUUGUCUUACUCUCGUUUUUUAUAAUCUUUUGUACGACAGCCACUUUGUGUUUGGUGUUCGUACCGAAAGUAAGACUGGUACUGGUCGAACUCAAACGCAAUCCCCAAGGCGUGGUGGACAAGCGAGUGCGUGCCACGCUGCGGCCCAUGUCGAAGAACCGUCGUGACUCCUCGGUGUGUGAGCUGGAGCAGCGUCUGCGGGAUGUCAAGAACACCAAUUGCCGCUUCCGCAAGGCCCUCAUGGAAAAGGAGAACGAACUGCAGGCUCUGAUUCGCAAGCUGGGACCAGAGGCCCGCAAGUGGAUUGAUGGCGUGACCUGCGCGGGCAGCGCGAAUGCUGGCAGCGAACUGGAGCCCAUACUUACCGAAGACAUUGCCAGGCUGUCGGCUCCGCCAGUGCGACGAGAGAUGCCCAGCACCACAGAAGUUACCGAGCUGACGUCCGUGGAUAGCGUGACCUCGACCCACGUGGAGAUGGACAACUCAUUCGUUUCGGUGCAGUCCACGAUGCUGGCACCAACGCUUCCACCCAAAAAGAAGAAACAAUCCAUUGUGGAGCAUCACUCGCAUGCGCCGGUAGCCAUGCCGGCACCCACCAUGAUGCAGCCCAUCCAGCAGCAGCUGCAGCAGCAUCUGCAGCAGCACCAACAAAUGCAGCAACAGCAGCAGCAGCAGCAGCAGCAAAUGCAGCUCCAACAACAGCAGCAGCAGCAGCAACAGCAGCAACACCAGCAGCAACAUCACCGCCACUUGGAGAAACGAAACUCGGUCUCGGCCCAGACAGACGACAACAUCGGCAGCAUAACCAGCACCGUCGGCAAGCGCAGCACUGGCGAGUGCUCCAACAUGCGGGAACGGCGGCAGUCGACGGCCUCCCGGCACUACGACAGCGGCAGUCAGACACCCACGGCCAGGCCGAAGUACAGCAGCUCGCAUCGGAACUCCUCGACGAACAUUUCCACCUCACAGUCGGAGCUGAGCAACGUUUGUCCGCACAGCAAGCCCAGCACGCCGGGAGUUGUCAAGACUCCAACUGCCUCGGACCAUCGUCGGACCAGCAUGGGUGCGGCGCUCAAGUCCAACUUUGUGGUCUCGCAGAGCGAUCUCUGGGACACACACACGCUCUCCCACGCCAAGCAGCGCCAGUCGCCACGUUAUGCCAGUCCCCAGCGCUGCACGGAGCACCAUGGCCACGUGAUGACGUACGAUCCGAACACCACUUCGCCCAUCCAGCGAUCCGUCUCGGAGAAGAACCGAAACAAGCAUCGACCCAAGCCGCAAAAGGGCACCGUCUGCCAGAGCGAAACGGACAGCGAGCGGGAGCGCGAUCCUCCGCCCAGCAGCCAGCCGUGCAUUCAGACGAGGAAGAUCAGUCGCAACUCCAAUAUCCAGCAUGCUGCCCAUCAUCACAGCUCGCCAAACGUGGCGCCGGACAAGCAACGGAAGCAGCGCACCAAGAACGAGAGCUCCAUCUACGGUGCCAGCUCCGAGACGGAGCUGCUCGAGGGGGAGACGGCCAUACUGCCAAUAUUCCGGAAACUGCUCACCGAGAAGAGCCCCAACUACCGUGGGCGCAGCGUGGUGGGUCAGAGCUGUCCAAAUAUAUCCAUCAAAUGCGAUAUCGUCGAGUACUUGUAAGAGCCGCCAGCAGUGCAGUGCAGUGCAGCAUUUUAUGGACAAUGUGGAUGGUAGAACUCCUAUUGCUAGAUCCAAUUACACUGUAAAGAUUAACUUUAUUUUCGCGUUAUGCAUCUACUACUUAAAUACGUGAAGCAGAACACACCAUUUUAGUGAAAUAGUAGCAAUGAUUACUGAUGAGAUAGUUGAGAAAU